GCCGAGGAGUGCUUGGAGAGGGCGGCGUUUGAGCGAGAGGUGCACGCGAUUGAGAAUCCCGAUGUCCCGCAGUUUCACGAUUAGUCAGGUCUAUUUUUACCGGUGUUCAUAUAACCUCCACCUGACGUGUUUUCAUUUUCGCUUCCAAGAACAACUGGUGUUUAGGAGACAUAGGCCAAUGCAAAGUGACAACGCAACACAAUAACCUCUUCUCACCCGAUACGUGUUCUAUUUCUGUGCAACACAUGACGCUCCCGAGCAGGCAGCAAAUUUUUUUAGCCAACUCGGGUGUAUAAAGCGGUUUACCAUCCCGCAUUGCUUCGCUGAGCCAUUCUCCUCGACUCCUCCCCAAACUCCAGACAUCCAUCCACUCCCUUCUCUAUUAAUAUCCCACUCCUACUCUCAAUAUUGAACUUCAUGCCUGCCUCGAAAGCCGUCGCUAUGAAUUCCGCAGACACCCAUCGCAGCAAUGACAUUCUGUGUCUCGCUCCGAACGCUGCGUACCAGCUCACUGUGCUGUUCGACAAGAUCACUCUGGGCGAUGUGAACCGGGCCUCGAUGCAGACCAACUCGCUCGGCGGCAAGGGCCAGAACUUUGCGGUGGCGACAAAGCAGUACUACAAGAGCGCGGAUCGCGUCACCUUGCUACAGAUCCUGGGCGGGCCCACAGGCACGCAAAUCGAGGCCAUGGAGGACGAGCAGGGCUUCGACUACAUCACAGUCAGGACGUCGCUGCCGACCCGCACCUGCACAACGUGCCUGGACAUGUCCACAGGCGAUAUGACGGAAAUGGUCGGCGUGUCGGGGCUGAUUGACGAGCACGCCGAGGAAGAGUACGAGCAGGUGGCCACGCAGAUUCUGCAGUCGGAGAACCCGCCCAGGGCUCUGGCGCUAUGCGGCACAUUUCCGCCGGGCCUCCAAUCAACCACAGUGUCUCGCAUCAUCCAGGCGCGCACAGAAAAGACGCUGGUGUUUGUCGAUGCCGUCAAAGAUAUACAUCCGGUGCUCGAGUCCAAAUGCAUCGAUAUCCUCAAGGUGAACUCUGGCGAGGUGCUGAACAUCCUGUCGGCGCUCGAGCCCGCAUACCAGGACAAGACGCCCAAGGAUGUCGAUCUGGCAAAGGUCGCAAUGGAGCUCGGCCAGCGGUAUUCUAUUGGCGCAGUCGCCGUCACUGACGGGCCAUUCACCGCGUAUCUGGCCAAUGUGCAGGACAACAGGGCGCAUGCGUUCAGCAUCCCGGAUCUGCUCAAAGACAGAGAGUACUUUUUGGGCUCGGAUCAGGCGCCGCAGGGCCACCUGGUGCUGAACCCGCUGGGCGCCGGCGACACGUGCAGCGCGGUGAUGAUGAACCACAUGCUGGACGACAAGGUCAUGGUCGAGGCGUUUGCAGCGGGACUGGCGGCUGCAUCAGCGUCGUGCCUGGUGCCCAUGCCCAACUGUGUCUUUGACCGCAAGGUCAUGGAGCGCAUCCGCGGCAAGAUGACCGUCAGGGAGAUCAUGUAGACUCUGCAUUUAUGCUUGAAAUAAACAA